UUUCACCUCAAAGAUCCCUCCCCUGAAACCGAAACCCAUUGAGCCACGCAAAAAAUGAGGAGGAUAUACUUUCUUCCUUUUGGUUGAAAAUUCUGCACUUUCCGGGAUUCGAACCGUACACGCGACCUUCCUUUCUCAACAACAAAGCAUGCAACGAAUAUGCUGGUUAUCUCUCUGCCGCAUUUCAGGCAUUCUUCGCUUCUCAUUUGCACCAGACCUGCGGUUCAACCCCCUUCCAUAUUGCACCAUUUCUACUUUAUCAAUUUUGUCAAAGCAAAUGGCUUCUUUUUCUUCGGAUUCCGACAAAACAAUCCCUGUAGUUUCAACAAUCACGUCGCCGUUCGAGGAUUCGGCGCCGAUAGAUGCAGGGUCCUCGCUGCGCAAGCCGCUUAGCCUGUGGCCGGGUACAUACCAUUCGCCCGUCACGAACGCCCUGUGGCUUGCCAGGUCCAGUAUUUUCGAAAGGCUGGUGGAUCCCUCCGUUGACGCGCCUCCUCAAAGCCAAUUGCUAUCGAAAACGCCCGCACAGAGCCGCACUAGCAUACAUUACAACUUCUCCGACGACUACAUACUGCGCGAGCAGUAUAGGGAUCCCUGGAAAGGGGUGAGGAUCGGAAAACUUUUGGAAGAUUUGGAUGCAUUGGCCGGAACAAUUUCUGUCAAGCAUUGCUCUGAUGAUGAAAGCACAACUAGACCAUUGUUGCUUGUUACGGCUUCAGUUGACAAGAUGGUCUUGAAGAAGCCCAUCCUUGUGGAUGCUGACUUGAAAAUAGGUGGUGCUGUUACUUGGGUUGGUCGAUCAUCACUUGAGAUUCAAAUGGUAGUGACCCAGCCACCUGCAGAGGGCUCCGAAAAUGGGAACUCUGUUGCUUUAACUGCUAAUUUUACAUUUGUUGCACGAGACUCGAAGACAGGAAAAUCGGCUUCCGUUAACCGUCUUGUGCCACAAACAGAAGAAGAGAAAGCGCUAUAUGCUGAAGGAGAAGCGAGAGAUUUAAGGAGGAAGAAAGAAAGAGAACAACAAAGAAAGGAAUUUGAGCAAGGCCACAGGCUUCAUGGUGAUGGCAAAAGACUGAGAGAUUUAUUGAGAGAAGGUCGUGUGCUGUGUGAUAUGCCUGCUUUGGCAGAUAGGGAUAGCAUUCUAAUAAAAGACACCAGGCUUGAAAAUGCUCUGAUUUGUCAACCUCAGCAACGCAACUUACAUGGGCGAAUCUUUGGUGGGUUUUUGAUGCAUCGAGCUUUUGAGUUGGCAUUUUCUACAUGUUAUGCUUUUGUUGGUCAGACUCCUUGCUUUUUGGAAGUUGAUCAUGUUGAUUUUUUGAGACCGGUGGAUGUUGGCGAUUUUCUUCGUUUUAAAUCUUGUGUUUUAUACACGCAACUAGAUGAUCCAAAACAGCCACUCAUUAAUAUUGAAGUCACCGCACAUGUGACAAGACCUGAAUUAAGAAGUAGUGAGGUCUCCAAUACAUUUUAUUUCACAUUCACAGUGCACCCUGAAGCUCUGGAAGGUGGGUUGAAGAUUCGUAAAGUGCUGCCUGCAACAGAAGAGGAAGCUCGUCAUGUCCUUGAACGCUAUGAUGCUGAAAUCCUGGUCUAGUAUUUUGAAGAAAUUAUUUGGCUCUCAAAACGCAAUGCUCACAACUAUAUGGCUGAGAUAUGCCGGUUUAUUUUGCAUUAAUAUUACAAUGGAUACAAACUAGGGAAACGUUGGCACAAAUUUUGUCAGAUAAUCUGUUUACAAAAUUACGGUGGCUCUUGCUCAACAUCUUUCCACCAGGGCUUCUUAUAUUUAGCAUAAUUGAGGUGGCCUAUUCCUGAAUUAGACACCUCAUAAACAAACCUCAUUUAUGAAUAAAGAGAUUCCUCUUAUCGAUCACAUAAACACCCUGGUUGUGUAGAUUGACAAGGGCUGUAUUCCUGAGCUUGAUCGCGAGGCCAAGACUGAUGGCUACGGGAUUUUAACUACAUAUAACGUAAAUUAUAGAAGUUUUCUUAUUGAAGGGUACAAAAAAUGAACAAAAUAAAGUAAAUUGCAUAAGGAUUCUCCUUAGCUUUUUCCUA